AUGGCCGCCGAUGGCGCGUCCAGCAUCAACGUUACCGUCCGAGUCCGCCCGUUUACUAUAAGAGAGGCGGCGCAAUUGUCGAAAUGCGACGAUCAGACGCUGUUUCUGGGGGAUGGAUCGCUGGCUGCAGCGCCGACGCCCAAGUUGCAUCAGAAGGGGAUACGGCCUGUUCUUAAGGUCGUUGACGAGAAGUGCUUAAUAUUCGACCCGCCAGAAGACAAUCCCGUGCAGCGCUUUUCGCGAUCAGUCGUGCCGCAGGGAAAGCGAGUAAAGGACCAGACGUUUGCGUUCGAUCGGGUGUUCGAUGAGAAUACUUCCCAGGGCGAUGUUUAUGAAGCUACGACAAAGCCCCUGCUGGACAGCGUGUUGGAUGGGUAUAAUGCUACGGUAUUCGCAUACGGAGCGACAGGCUGUGGAAAGACACACACUAUUACGGGAACCUCACAACAACCUGGAAUCAUCUUCCUGACCAUGCAGGAGCUGUUCGAGAAGAUACAAGAUUUGCAAGAGGAGAGGGUUACUGAGAUUACGCUCUCUUACCUAGAAAUCUACAAUGAGACGAUUCGCGAUUUGCUCGUAGAGGGUGGAAGUAAAACGUCGCUGAUGCUGCGAGAGGAUGCGAACCAGGCGGUGUCGGUCGCAGGCCUCUCUAGCCAUCGACCGCAGAACGUCCAAGAGGUCAUGGACAUCAUCGUGCGCGGCAACGAGUAUCGUACGAUGUCGCCUACCGAGGCCAAUGCUACCUCAUCCCGAUCGCACGCCGUCCUUCAAAUCAAUGUGUCAUCGAAAGAUCGAAAUGCUUCCGUCAACGAACCGCAUACGAUGGCCACCCUCAGCAUCAUCGACCUGGCAGGUAGUGAGCGUGCCAGCGCAACCAAGAACCGAGGAGAGCGCUUGAUGGAAGGUGCGAACAUCAACAAGUCGCUGCUUGCUUUAGGAAGCUGCAUCAACGCCUUGUGCGACCCGCGAAAAAGGAACCACGUCCCAUACCGAAACUCGAAGCUCACCCGGCUACUCAAGUUCUCACUCGGCGGCAAUUGUAAGACUGUUAUGAUUGUCUGCGUAAGUCCUUCAAGCGCACAUUUCGACGAGACCCAGAACACGCUGCGAUACGCGAACAGGGCGAAGAACAUCCAGACGAAGGUGACGAAGAACGUAUUCAAUGUCAAUCGCCAUGUGAAGGAUUACCUGAAGAAGAUCGACGAGCAGCGGGCAAUGAUCGACGAGUUGUUGAAGAGGCAAAAGGACUUUGAAGGAAGUGCAUUUGUCAAGUUCCAGAAGCAGAGCGACAAGAAGGAGGGCAUUAUCCGCGACGCUGUCGCUCGCCUGCGACAAGCAUACGCGGAUUCCGAGGCAGAGCGACGGGAAAGGCUAGGAACGAUGAAGACGUUGAAGCAGGCGGAGAAGCGGAUCUCUCUCAUCUCAGCAUGGAUCGCUGCGUUUGACCAGAUCCAAGACACCCGUGAAAACGAAGAUCUGCCCUCGCAAGUGGCCGCGAUGAGGGACUCUGCUGUCGGAAUUUCGGUCGAGCUCGAGCAGACCCGUCAGCACUGCCACCGGAGACUAGAACGCACACACUGGGUCAGCAAGCUGGACACUGCUCUGCAAGUCGGCCUAAGGCAACUAGGCGAUGUUGACGGAUCUACCGACAGCCAUGAGGCGGCCAAUCUUGCCCGAGAGUACGAAUUGCUGAAAUCCAACGCCGAACGCGAGGCCAUAAGCGUCCUUUUGGAGCAGGAGAAGGGAGGUGAUGCUGCGAUUGUGCAGGUGCUUGUGCAAGCACAUAUUGAGACGGUCGCAAUUCUGAACCAAAUCACCCAGAUGGACGAGGAGGGAGCCGUUCAGGCAGCGAGGAAUGUUCUCACCAAGAUCAUGACCUCCUGCACAAACGCCACUUCGCAGGCCAUCCGACCGGACGGUGGCCUGCCGGUUACUGAGUUCUUCGCUCCUAGGAGCAAAGGAACCCCGAAGCGUAGGAAGCCGGUAAACAUCAUGGGACCAUCGCCAAUGCGACCGCUCGCAAUGCCUACACUCACAGAGGCAGCUCAUCUCACGUCAUCUCCAAUGAAGGCGUCACCGCGACGGCGAAAGAUGGGCGGGGUCAAGAAGGGCGUGCAGUUCUCGCCGAAGAAGAAGUCGCCCUCAAAAGCGAAGCGUGUGGUUCGCUGGCGAGACGAUACCGAGAACGGUACCCUGGCGGAGUUCCAGAAGACACCGGAGCAUAUAGAGCAUUUGGAGUCGACGCCUACCAACUCUUCGAUCGAGAUUCCUGCUGCACCCACAUUCUCAGCACCCGUCCUCACGUCUGAAGGGCGGCAUAAUGGCUCGUCACCAAUUCCGACGCCUCCGAAAGCAUCCAUGGACCUCAAGCGGUCGAGCCGGUUCCAGGCCGGUUUUCUGUCCAAGAAGGCGGAUGGCUCCCCGGCUCCUCAGUUGACAGCCUUCUCGUCGGACUCUGAUACCUCCCCGCUGCGAGAGAUCGGAACCAACACAGUCCGCCCGUCGCCACUAAACAUGGUUGAAACUGCUUCCUCGGACGCGACUCCAGCGGACAGCUGUAGCAGCGCUUCGGGCUCCGACGAAGAGAAGUGGACCAUGGACAACUCCGAUGCCCGCAAGAUUGGUUCCGCUGUCAAGCGACGUUCGUCUACGACUCGAGGCUCCGUUCCGAUGAGUAAGACGCAUCGUCGCCGUAGCCCUACCGCGGCCACCUCAUGCAGCCCUCCCAACGAGAAUACCCUGUUCUCUGCUAGUGCGGCACGUCGAAUGGUCAAGGGCGAUCGUGAUGCUGACUGGAAGAAUAGCGUCCUGAGCCCGCGGACUGCGCCCAUAGUCAAGGGAGCAGCUCGACGAACAACGAUGGCUGUUUCGGGAGAAGAGCGGGCACGAGAGGCGGGGAGCUUGAAUCGUGCGCCUAUGCGGUUGACCAGCGGCUCUUCGACUGGCUCAAGAGGUAGCUUUAACCCUGCGACGAAGAGUGUUUGGCGCUGA